GUUCAAUAGAAUUGUAUUUUUAGGAACUGGUCAAUUGUCCAAUAGUGAAUAUGAAACAUGUUGUCAAAAAAAGCUAAAAGUUUCAAGCCUCAUAUUCUUCCGGUGACCUUGAAAUGGAGAAGAAGAUGGAGUCGAAAGAAGAGAAAGUUAUUUCUAUUGGGAAGUUGCGUUUUGUUCCUAUUUGUUUGUUACGUUGUUGUUGGUCGUCGUUGGAGUAGUUUUACUUUACAAGAGUCAACCAUAGUCCGUGACAAUGGGGAACUCGACAACAACUGGACCUUUGUUGAUAGUUCGAAGAGUUUUGAUGUUGCUGACUCGGAGGCCCAAGGUUCUUCAUUGCUUUAUCUGAUCUUGUCUGGUCACAAAACAAUAGAAUCUAGAGGACCUGCAGUUUGGAAUACUUGGGCAUCUGUUCUUCAUCCAAAGAAUGUGUUAUUCUUUACGGAAAAAGUAGAUGGGAUUUCUGAUAAAGUUGAUAUACCUUCAAAAGGACUGUUGGUAGCUAAUCAAAGACUUCCAAGUGCUCCCAUAGUAGUUGUUCGACCUGCAGAUUUAAAUCGGGAGAAGAAUAUAGAUUUCUUCAACGCUUGGAGUCACUUGGUAAGGCUACGAGUUGCCUGUGAUAGACUAUUGCAGAAUGAAACAUCGGAUAGAGAACACGAGUGGAUAGUUCUUGUAGACGAUGAUACAUUUUUGUUUCAUGAUAGAUUAGAAGAAUAUUUGAAGAAUUUUGAUGGAUAUAGACAGAUGAUAUAUAUGGGUUUUGCAGAAUAUGUUCGUAUCGAUAAUGGCGAUAGUGGACCCUUAAGUGAGUUAUUAAGAGAUGUUCAUGUAAAAGGUGGAAAUGAAUGGUGCACUUUGCAUGGAGAAAGUGGACAUGGCAACGGAACUUUUAAAAUGUGCAAAGAUGUAUUUUGUAGAAACUGUCCUUGGAUACCUCAGGGAGGUUUUAUUGUAUUAUCUCGAAGGCUGGUAGAACAUUUGAGACCUCAUUUGGAAGAAUGUGAAGUGGCUACCAAAGAUGUUUGCACUUCUUGUGGUUCUCAGCGUCUUUAUUUUUGUAUUCAAAGAUUUGCCUCUGAAAGUAUUUUUCAUCCGUUGUCAGAUAGUGAUCGUUCUCCUUGGUGGCGAAAUAGGCGAAGUGGUGAUGGUCGACCUAUUUCAUUUCAUGGCUUUGAUCAACAAGUAGUUGGAAAUUUCACUAUAGUUCCUUUUGUAUUUGAAAGACUGUGGAAUUUAGUGCAAAGGGCCAAGUCUUUACAUAAAAUAGUUACUUAUGAGGAUGUGGCAAAUGAUUUGGGUUGUAAUGGAGAAGGUUUUUGGAGUCGUUUGGGAAAUGUAGACGAUGCUGGUAUUUGCCAACUAUCGGAUGACAGUAUUCAAAUGUCACCAAGCAGUGAAGAAUUGUUAAUGUCCUAUAUGAAGUAUGCAACUCCAUUACGACCUCAACUUGGAAAUGCACAAGUAUCAUCCUCAUGGUCCAUUGUAGAAUCUUCUUCACAAGCCAAUCAUAUUCCAUCAGAGACAAUUCCUUUUUCUCAUAUUUAUGUAUUGAAUCGAAAUAGUUGUUCAGAACGUUGGCAGUUGAUGCAAGAAAAAGCUGCUUCAUUUCAUUUUCCAUUGACUCGGUUUCCAGCUACCGAUUUCUCCGAGUUUACUCUUGACAAUCCUCCUGUUUCUAUUUCUCAUGCAAAAGUUGCUGGAUUUUCAAGUUCUGUUACAACAGGACAAGUAGCCUGUACUUACUCACAUAUGAGAAUAUGGAAUGAUAUAUUGAAACACCAGUAUCCAGUCGUCCUGAUAUUGGAAGACGAUGUAUUCUUUACAAAGGAAGGUAUAGAAAGAUUACCUUCUAUUAUGAAAGCAGUAGAGAUGGGUUCCAAAGUACACCAAAAACCUUGGCAUUGGAUAUUCUUUCGUAGACAUGCCUUGGGAAAUAUCCAACUUGAGAAAGUGUGGUAUUUGGAAGACAAUUCUACAGAUUCCAAUGCGAUAACUAUUGCUUGUAGCAGUUGGGGUACAUCGGCUUAUGCAUUGAGUUUACAAGGAGCUCAGUUUUUGAUAGAACAUAUUCAAGAAUAUAUUAUGCCUUUGGAUGUUCAAAUAGCACAACUACAGGAAGACCUUGGAGAGGAGUUUGUUACUUUGAGUGCCUGUAAGAAUGGUCCAUAUUAUACUGCUCCAUGUCCAGAAACCGUAGAAGAGUUUACAGAUGAAGAAAAAGGCACAUGUUCUUAUUCCGCAAGUCAAAUGGGAGAUAGUAGAAAGAUUACCGAAUCAUGAAACGUUGAAGUGAAUCGUCGCC